GGCAUCACAGUCCAAUAGUGCUGAAGAGAGGACUUCCUCAAAGUUGUCUUCAGAACCAAGUGAGGAUAAUCUGUGAUAUAACCUGCCAAAUAUAGUGAUCAAAUGGCGGAAGGUGGGAAGUGUAUACCACAGCUGACGAAUGAUGAUCAGCUAUGGAUCUUGAAUCAGGUCAGCAGCGGGAAAAUGACCCAAGAUGAAGCACUGGAGGAGGCGGCGAAGAGGAAACAAGAAGGCCAAGCCAAUAUGCCAAUGCCGAUCCCAGGGAAAGCCAAAUCACCUGCCACCCACCGCACGAACACCCUAAAAAAAAGCCAUCAUCUGUCACCUUCACCGUCCUUGACCUCCAUGACAUUCUUCGGCUCAUCAGACAGUUUUUCAGAAUCGCCCAAAGAAGUUAAUUUCAUAUCUGCACCGAUUAUUCCGAUAGAGGUGCAACAGAAUCCUUUGGGUGUCCUGGAUGCCAGGAGAGGUUCCACCAAGUCAGCGACAUCUCUUACCUCGGAGGAGGAGAUGCACAGGAUAACCAGACAGGAUUCAAUCUCGAAGACGGGCGACAUGGAGAGACUUGUCAUAUUUGAGCAGGUGAAGAGUGGACGAAUGACGAUUGAAGAUGCUCUCAAGUUCGCGGAUGACCAUGGUCUGGUGUCGUCUGCUAAACGAGAGAACGAAGCCAUAGCAGAUACAACGUCUGCCUUGGCUGAGCAGAAGUGUUACAACUUUGCUGUUUACAAGAAGGGCCGGUUCCAGUCACAAAUUCGGAGAAUUCUUCAGAUUGAUUUCCGAAAUAAAGUCAUCUCUAACAUCCAGAAAGGCAAUGUCAUCAAGAAGUAUGACUUCGCUCAAGUUCAUGAUUUCGACUCAAAGGAAGGCGAUGUUAACUUGAAAAUAUUCUUCAAUGACGACUCCGACCUUGACAUGGAUGCUGACUCACCGGAAGAAAAGAACGAAAUCAUGCGUCUGCUGAGUGUCAUCAUUAAAUUGAACACAGCUGAUGCACGAAUGGAGAAGGACUUCACCGAGGCGUUGCCACAGCUACAGACUAUCAUCAAAGAAGGCCAGUUGGAGAAGAAGGGCAAAGGAUUCAUAUCCUGGGUCAAGCGCUGGGUGCGUGUGCGUCACGGAGAGGUCUCGUACUAUCGUCCUGGAGAAGAGACGGCUUUGAACAUCAUUCAGCUCGCCGAGGGGACGACCGCCGUUACCAAGGUGGAGCACAACGGGUUUAUCAUCAUCGGAAAGAUAAAGCAAUUUGCCUUCCGUGUCCCAGCGGAACACCGCACACCAGCCGAGGUCAAGCAGGAUCGAGACAAUUGGAUCAAGGUCAUCCUGGAGGCGAACCAUGGUGGAAAGAGCAUGUUGGCCCCUCUUUCACCACUACUCUCUCCUCGGAUAUUAGAGCAUGAGUCUGAGAAACCCACGCUCGACAUCAAGUUCAAUUUGCAUCAACUCUGUGAGGAGUUGGCGGCCAUGAAGCAGCAACUAAAGACCCUGCAAGUGCCUGAGGAUGUCUUAGGACAAGCUGACCGCGUUAUUCAGAUGGCGGAGAUGAUAGAGGUUGCACCUAUUGGCGAACGACCUAAUACUGGGAGUGGUGCCCCAGCCGAAGGUCCUGCGGCCAUGGAUGAUAAAAAGCUGUACGCAGAAAUCAACAAACGCUUAUCGCAGCAUAUGAGUGGUACGCAUUACUCCCGAACAGACAUCUGUAGCAAGCAUGAAUUUGACGAGGAGGGGAAUCGCAUUGCUGGAUCCACAGUUCCUAGGGAUGAGAUUGAUGAUGAGAAGGACCCAGGGUAUGAUACUGUGGGACCUCCGGACCCAGUAAAUACUGUCAAAGUUUCAGAUUGGAGUAUGGCUGUAGAUGCGUCAGAAGUUCCACCGCAGGACAGAUUGCAGCCAGUACCUGCGCCACGCUCAAGACAACCAACGAAGCCUGUGGUUGCUCCUGUCAAACUGACGGAAGAUUUGAAAGCUGAAGACGGAAGUGAAUCCAAAGUUCUAGUUGAUACGCAAAAGGUUGAAGAACGGCUGCCUUUACCACAGCCUACAGAGAGCUCAGUGCCACCUCCACCAGGCCCUGGAGGAGCGCCACCACCACCCCCACUGUCCGGCCCUGGCUUCUUCUCAAUGUUGAUGCAGGGCUCCGGCAAGAAAUUAAAGCAAACAUCAAAGAUAAAACUCCGUGCUUUCCAUUGGAACAAAGUUCCGAAGAAUUUGUGUGGCAAAUCAAUGUGGAAGUCUGCAGAUGACUUGACCGAUAAACUCGAUAUCAAAUUACUUGAGGAUGUAUUCACAGCUGGUGGAGAUGUCCCACAAACGCCUACAGCUAAAACGCCAAAAAACACGCCGAAGACCCUUCUGGAUCCGAAGAGAUGUCAGAACCUGGAUAUUGUCCUGAUGGGCCUCAAGAUGUCUGUGAGUCAGCUCGAGUCCAAGUUGAACUUUAUCAAGAAAAGUGAGGGUGCACUUCCCCUCGAGCAGAUAUGUAUGCUCAGAAGAUUGCAGCCGACAAGUGAUGACAUUCAGAUGUAUAAGAAUUACAAAGGCAAGCGGGAGAGUCUCCAAACUGCCGAUCAGUUCUUGAUACAACUUGGCGAGAUUCCUAAUCUUAAUCUCCGCCUCGACGCUCUGGUGGCCAUUAUGGAACUACCCGCUCAGUUUGAUGAACUUGGACCUACUGUCACCAACAUGAACGAGGCAUGUGGAGAACUAAUCAGCUCGCAGAAGUUCCUAACCGUCCUCGAGUAUGUCCUUGCUGUCGGUAACAUACUCAAUCAGAGCAGCAAGAAGGACGUGGCUGAUGGAUUCCAGCUGGCAUCACUGACAAAGUUAGCCGACCUGAAGGGGAAGGAUAGGAAGUUUAGCUUGCUCCAGUUCGUGAUCGAGCAAAUGGCUAAGCACAAUGAAGGAUUGCUGAAGUUUCACGAGGAGCUGUCGCAUGUGGAGGCUUGUUGUGACAUCUCCAUCAAGGGUCUUAAUGCCGAGAUUGAAGUCAUGCAGAGAGACUUGAACAAGAUCGAGAAGAAUGCCAAGAUAUUGAAGAAAUCAAGAGGCUCGGUGACGGUCUAUGAUAACAAGUUCCAGCAAGAUGUUCAGGACUAUGUUGCUGAGUAUGAAAGGAAGGUGAAGACUCUCAAUGAUACCUGCCUGAAGACACAGAUAAUGUACAAGAAAACACUGGAAUUCUUUGGCGAGAACCCAGAGAAAGACUCUGAAGAAUUCUUCAGUUGUUUGGCGGAGUUCAUUAAGAAAUUUAAACAGCUUGUCACAGAGUAUGAGAAGGCGAAGAACCCCGGUAACCCCAGGGGGGCACUUGCUUCAGCUAUGAUGAGGGGGGUACCGCAUCAUUCGAUGAUGAAAGAGAAUAAGAGUUUUGACAUGGGUAUGCUGAACAGUGCCAACAUAGCCAAAGGAACUGGUAAGGACCACCCCACGAUGGAAGGUUACCUGGAGAAGCUCAGCGGAGGGAAGCACUGGGGGGCAAAGUGGGACAAACGCUGGUUCGAAGUGUCCUCUACUGGUCAUCUGCAUUACUACAAGAAAAAGUUCGAUAAGAACCUUGGUUCUGUGUAUUUGCAUCGGAGUCCGAUCAAAAUUGAUGAGGAAGACGACACUGUUAUAUUUAUUGAUACGGAGGAACGAGACUUUAAGAUUAAAGCAAAGUCGGCAGAGGAGGCCCAGGAAUGGUUUAAGGUGCUCGGUUACUAUGGGAUCAAACAGUGAGUGCACCAGUUGGGAUCACAACGUUAAAGGCCCAUUUCCACUUCUGCAGAAAAAGCGGGAAACUUCAUGGCCUUCACAGGCAUUGGAUUAAUUACUAUGCAAGUUAUUAGCUUGGCAUUUGUAACUGACCACAAAGCCUGUGAAGGCAUCAAAACGGCAGUGGUAUAAACCUGGUAUCGUGGACUCGAACCUUGAUUUGAAAGGGUACACCUUCAUAAUCACUGGUCGUCCAGGAAAACAGAAACGUAGUUAUACGUGUGCACAAUACCGGAGUGCAGGUAUUUUGCACACGAACUCGCUGAAACUUGGUAUUUUUCAAUAUUUGUGUAUCUGUCUCCACAAUGGCAAGGCUAAGAUUUGUAUUUAGUAUACAUGUACUUGUGAAAUUUUCAAUGAAAAUGUUGGGCGUAGGACUUUGAAACCCUGAUGCAUUAUAUGCUUUUUGGUUCAUAGUUCACGUUUAUUCCUCUAUAAUCCUUAUUCAAUGUUAUAAUGAAAGCUAGACCAUAUCAUUUUGCUGUUGAUAGUAUAAGAAGUCAUGCGAUUAUGUAUUUUUGUUGACCAUGUGAUGGUGGGUCUGUGAUGCCAGACCACGAGACCCCCCAAUACUCUGAAAACGGCACACCUAUCCUUUUAGCCCCUUAUUGCAUCAGAUGUGAAAAUAACUUGGGUACUAUCAAGAAUGCUAUCCUGCCACAUUCAGUUCACUUCCAGAAUGAAUUCGGUAAUCAAUUAGUCCUAUGCCUAUAGGACAACAAAGGGGUUAAUGUGACAGGUCUGUACAUGGAUACAGAUGAUCGCCUAGCAAUGUUCUUAAAAACAUAUCAAAUCAGUAUCAAGUAUAUAUUGAGUUAUAUUCCAGACAUUUUACUUCCUGCCAAGUUUAUGUAGAUUUUAGAAUGUUUCUAUUUGGAAACUUGAUGAGAUUUGGAAAUAUACAUGUUAAUUUCACCGUCCAUAUAUCAAGUGAGUAUUUCCUCAAGAUUAGUUAUUUCUGUAUUUCUAAUUUACUAUUAUGAAAUUUUACACCAAUGUCCAAAUGCAAUCUUUGCAUGAACAAGUAUUUUGGAGUUAGUUCCAGUCAAAUUCCGAAUUCGAAAUCGCUGAAAGUGAUAAUAACUUUGGUGCUAUCAAGAAUGUCAUAUCUAUAUCAAUGCAGAUCACUUCCAGAAUAAAUCAUUCGACACUCUAUUACACUA